AAAAUAUAUGUCAUUUCAAAAUUCUCGAAAUAAUUCUAGUAUAGUAUGCCGCUUGGAAAAUUUGGAAAAAUAACACUUUCGUGGUAAUUACAAAAAAAUAAUUACACAAAAUCCCUGUUUAUAUAGAUACCUUGUGUGGUUAGCAAUAACAGUAACAAGUUUAUCACUGUUUGUAUUGUCAAAAAACACCAUCAAUGAGCAGCGUUUGGAGAAUAUGAGAGCACGGGAACGCAUGCGCAGGUCCAACGAAGGAGAGUACCCUGACUUGUACAGAAAGUUUUGAGUUUGUGUUAUUGAGAGUUUAUUAGAAGUGACUACAUAAAGAUGGCGAUGCCGCAGAUGGACCCGGCAAAGUUGCAGCUCGUUCAGGAGCUGGAAAUUGAGAUGAUGUCAGACAUGUACAAUCGGUUGGUGACUGCGUGCCACAGGAAGUGUAUCCCACUGAAGUAUCAUGAACCUGAAUUAGGUAAAGGUGAAUCAGUCUGCUUAGAUAGGUGUGUGGCUAAAUAUUUGGAUGUUCAUGAGCGUAUUGGCAAGAAAUUAUCCAACAUGUCACAAGGAGAGUCAGAAGAUUUAACAAAGGUCAAUAUACCCGAAAAAAAAUAAUGGAUACCAAUAUGGCGCAAUGCAAUGUCAAGUUAGGAAAAUAACUUAGUUUUAUUUUUUAGCAAAUUAUGUAUAAAUUAUUUAUUUAAAUUCAAGGGCCAUUUUUGUGGGUAGAGGGGUCAUUUCUGAAAUAUAAUUUCUUUAACUUUACCUUUACUCUUUACCUACCUUGAAAGUUCUGUUAAUUUUAAAGAGUUUUUAACGUUUUCUUUUUCUAUAAAAUUUCAGAACUAAGUUGACUCUAUUUACGUUUAUUUGCCACAUUAUUUAUAGUAUGAUUACCACACUCGUCAAGGUCAUUAAUAUCACUAAGUAUGGUUGACAGAUGAUUUAUAGACACAACAGGAAUAUAAUUUGUUUCUAUAGUCAUAAUUUAGUACAGUUAUUGUCCUAACUUGUACGUAGGUAAUUGGAAUAAUAGGCAUUUGAAUCAUUAUUCAUGUCAAUAAACAUAAACAAUGAUUUAAACUUGUACUCAAUUAACAAAUUUGUAUAUUAAUAAUAUUCAUAAUCGUACUUAUGACAUGCGUCAAUGUGUUCCUCCUCGGGUAAUUGCAUUUUGUUAUGGUAUGACUGAAUAUUUAGUUAAUUGCAUAAUUAUGUAGUUGGUUAUUAGUUCGAUAGUUGUUAGCAAUAAAAUAAUUGAAAAACGUUUUA